CUGGCCCUCCCACCUGAGCUUCGGUGGCGUCCCCAGAGAGGCAGGGCAGAGGCGCCGGCGCGCCGCGCCCAGGGAGGCCGCGCAGUGGCAUGGCCGGCCGUGGCGGUUGCUCCCGGCCCCAUUAAUGUCGGGGCCCGGCCCGGGGAGGAUGGCGCCCUAGAGCCCGGGCUCGCUGGGGCCGGGGCGGGAGGGCCGGGGCGGGCGCCGGCCAUGUCGGAGGGGACUCGCAGUCUGCUGCAGCGCUGGGGCGCCAGCUUUAGGAGAGGCGCCGACUUCGACUCCUGGGGCCAGCUGGUGGAGGCGAUAGACGAGUAUCAGAUAUUAGCAAGACAUCUACAAAAAGAGGCCCAAGCGCAACACAAUAAUUCUGAAUUCACAGAAGAACAAAAGAAAACCAUAGGCAAAAUUGCAACAUGCUUGGAACUGCGGAGUGCAGCUUUACAGUCCACACAGUCCCAAGAAGAAUUUAAACUGGAGGACCUGAAGAAGCUAGAGCCAAUUCUAAAGAAUAUUCUUACGUAUAAUAAAGAAUUUCCAUUUGAUGUUCAGCCUGUCCCUUUAAGAAAAAUUUUAGCACCUGGUGAGGAAGAGAAUUUGGAAUUUGAAGAAGAUGAGGAAGAGGGUGGCGCUGGAGCAGGGUCUCCGGAUUCCUUUCCUGCUAGAGUCCCCGGUACUUUAUUACCAAGGCUGCCCUCAGAGCCAGGCAUGACGUUACUCACCAUCAGAAUUGAGAAAAUUGGUCUGAAAGACGCCGGGCAAUGCAUCGAUCCCUAUAUUACAGUCAGCGUGAAGGAUCUGAACGGCAUAGAUCUAACGCCUGUGCAGGACACCCCAGUGGCUUUGAGAAAGGAAGACACAUAUGUUCAUUUUAACGUGGACAUUGAGCUCCAGAGGCACGUGGAGAAGUUGAGCAAAGGUGCAGCUAUCUUCUUUGAAUUCAAACACUACAAGCCUAAGAAGAAGUUCACCAGCACCAAGUGCUUCGCUUUCAUGGAGAUGGACGAGAUUAAACCUGGGCCGAUUGUAAUAGAACUCUACAAGAAACCCACUGACUUUAAAAGAAAAAAAUUACAGUUAUUGACCAAGAAACCACUUUAUCUUCAUCUGCAUCAAACUUUGCACAAGGACUGAUCCUGACCUGAGUAACCUGGAACUGCUGUGAAUCUUACCAGCCAGUAGCAAGCACCAUAGCUCUGUAAGGUCUUCACGUCCUCGGGCAGGGAGUGGGUUGUGCCCGGCCUAGCAGGCCAGCGAGCACCUGCGCUGUGGAGCUGAGUCCGGCAUGUUGCAGAGCGGAAGACUCCUUUGGACCUAGGCUUAUUAUAGGUGUUGGAACACGCUCUUCCCCGUUAAUUGUGCAAUUACCAGUCUGUUUUCUAAGUCACCUCUGUCCUUCCCCGCUUUCUAGAACAGUGCUGUUGUCCAGGCAUGCUCUUCUUCAAACUCCACGCAGCAGGAAGAACGCACUCGAGCGCGCACUGCUGCUGUCUUUCCCCGCAUGCUCGUCGGGUUGGAGCUGGCCUCAGACUCGGGGCCAGCUGGGUGGGCUGCCAGCAGGCUGUGUGGAGAGCCCUGGGCCAGCUGUGCUGCCUGCUGCCCGUGGGGAAGGGACGGGCUGCCAGACUCGCCCGGUCGGGUGGUCCUGUGGAGAACAGUGUGCCUUGCCCGGAUCGGUGUCCCCAGGUGGGACAGUGUCCCCAAGUGGUGGCUGCAGUUUUUUUCCCAGAUAACCAGAUUAUUUUUCUGAAAGUGAGCAUAUUCUAGUCAUGUUGAUUAGCUGUUCUAUGUCACAUUGUUAUUUUUUUCUGAUGAUUUUAGAGUUAACAUUGGAAGCACCUCAGAAUAAACACACAUUUUUAGAUGGGUUUACAGUGUCUUCUAAGUCAUGUCAUCUAAAAUAACUGAGUCCAAUACUAAUGAGAUACCGCAGGAAUAACUGCUGCACACCUUUUCUUAGUGAUGAGUAUGCAAAAUCAGCAGACUGUUUUCUUUAAUACAGGUAGCUAGGAUUGCCAUGUAUUUCCUAUUUAGGGAUACUGGUAUUCAUCCAUAUGAAAAUGUGCAGGUCAUAGCUUAUUACAAUUUUGACCAUUUACCUUUUGACCUUGUAAGAGGUCUAAAUUAACUUCCAUAGCACACAUGAGGUAACAUUUGACACACACACAUUAAGAUUUGCGGUGGGCUUUCUAUAGGUUAGAUGUGGAGCCCACACACUUCAGUAUCCACUGUUUCAAACCCGCAGUGCAGGACAGAGCACUGCCGGCUCUUCCUGCUUACUUGAAGCCCAUUAGGCCAUCAGUGGCUUUGCUCCUGACAGCAGGUCGCCCUCACACGCAUCAGGGGCCCUGCUCCGCUUCCCAGGUCCUGAGGCCGCUCCGCUCCCUAGGUGACUGUUAGCCCAAACCGUGAGCCGAAGGAAUUCUCAGCCGAAUUCAGUCUUGCCUUUCCAUCUUAUUGGAUAAAUUCCAAAUACUAAAGUGAUUCAGUCCACAGUAGCUCUAGGGAAUGAAGAAUUUGCCUUAAUAAAUUGCUUUUUUCCACUCA